GAUAAUAUAUAUACAAGUGAUUAGCUAAUCUUUAUCUAAUUCCAUGAUUAACAGUCUACUAAAGAGUGUUUGUGUCUAGAGACAAUCAACAAUUUACAUCUGCAUAUUUAGUUUUUCUGGAUCAAAUCCUUAAGUUUUUGAAGCUAGUACUCGGUCGCCCAGAGUAAAGAUGAGAGAAUGAGUUCCGUCGAUGUUCGUCGUGUUUCUACAACUAAUGUCCGACCAGCGAGUUACGUGGAUAAACAAGCCUCCGACACAUAUAAACGGAUUGAUUUGAAUCCCAUGGAUCUAAUAUUCCUAAACAUUCCAUAUAUGCAAAGGGGUUUUCUCUUCACUAAGCAACAUGAAGAAGGGAAGAGCAUCAAUGACAAGAUUAGUCAUCUUAAAACUUCUUUGUCAUGUACCCUCGAUCAUUUCUUUCCUCUAGCCGGUCGCCUUGGAAUCGAAAAACAUGAAGAUGGUAAUAUGAUCUCCGUUUAUAUCGACUGCAACUCCGAAGGUGCAGAGUUUGUCCAUGCCAUUGCAGACAUAUCCGCGGACUUCAUCCUCCCCCCGACCUGUAUUCCUCAAACCAUCAUUGAUCGAUUGUUUUUGCUCAAUGGGGUAAGAAGCUACCAAGGUCAGUCACAACCUUUACUUUCCAUUCAAAUAACUGAAUUAACCGACGGCAUCUUUAUAGCGUGCAGCGCCAACCAUUGUAUAGGUGAUGGUACGUCAUUUUAUCAUUUCAUUAAUUCAUGGUCAGAGGUCACCAAUUCUUCCGGUUAUCAUACUUCACGUCCUUCUCCAGUUUUUGAGCGUUGGUUUAGCAAGGAAACAGAUUGCCCUAUCCGUCUACAGCUCUCUUCCUUUAACGAAUUAUCGGCAAAGAGAAAUCCGAACGGCACUGAUGGUUUUGUGGAGAGGUGUUUCCGUUUCACUAAACCAAACAUUGCAGCGUUAAAAGAGAAGGCCAGUUUAAUUAUGGCAAAACAAAAUAAGGUAAUCUCUUCGUUACAAGCAAUACUAGCUUUUGUUUGGACGGCGGUUAUACGCUCCAGGAGUUGUUUAAAUGAUAAUUGGGAUGAAACCCGAGAACUCGAACUGAGGCUAUUGAUGAAUAACAGGACUAAGUUGGUUCCGCCAUUACCAGAAACAUACUUUGGAAACUCGAUAGUAAGAGGAAUCGCAACUCUGGAGGAAACUGAGCUGGUCAAGAGGGGAUUCGGUUUCCUGGCUUCGGUAUUGAAUGAGGUGGUUAAUUCCAACGAUUUUGAAAAGAGCAGAAGUUUUAUAGAAUCAUGGAUGGAGAAACCUUUAAUAAUGAGUCCUGGUGUUAGCAACGCAUUUGUGGCACGGAGUUCCCAGUGGUUCAACAUGUAUGGAAACGAUUUCGGCUGGGGACGACCUAUUGCUGUAAAGACCGGUGCAAAUGGCAUGUUUAAUGGAAUGACUACUGUCAAUCCAGGACCAGUUGAAGGAAGUGUCGACAUUGAAAUUUGCCUUCCAAAUGAGGUCUUUAAGGUUAUGGAGAAUGAUGCUGAAUUCAUGGAAGCCUUUUCAUCAUCUUGACCAUUCUCUUCCAAGUUGAGGAUUAAUAAUUUAAUUUAUUACACUCUUCUGUAAUAUUUCGCUUCCUCAAAGGAGCAAGAAACAGAAUAAAUGACUUAAUUUAUUACACUCUUGUGGGUGUUUAGAAUUCCAAGCUCCAAAUUCUACAUGCUAAAUCUGCGAGUCACUCUUCAAUGGGUCUAAGAUGAACACCUUUUCGAUGAAAGUCCAUAUGCGCCAUCUUCUUCUACGUGUACGUUUUAAUCACUUGAUUACUGUCGACAGUGGAAGCAAAGUAACAGGAGAAACGAAAUGUUGAAAGUAUGCCGCAUCAUCUUCCGCAACCAAGUGCGGCUUUUUUCUAUUGUUUAGCAAAAAUUCAGAAGCUCAGACUCAUGGAUAGUGCCAGGGGACAGGGACACCCCCACUUGCUUAAAAGGAAUAAAUGUAUUAAUAUAAAAACAAAAAUGUCCGUCCCUCCUUCAAAAAAAAAAAAAAAAAAAAAAAAAAUAAUGUGACAUGCAAGUUUGUAUAAACCAUAUAAAUAAUAAGAAAAGGAUUUUUUGGUUUUAUUUUAUUUGUGAGAUAGAGAAAGGCGGCAUGUAAGAAGUUGCCUUAGGUAGUGGUAGACCCUUCAAGCUCAAAUCUGUUCCUUCAAAAAAAUAUCUCCUUCUCUCUCAAUCAUUCAAAAAGUCAACAAAAUCUCCAUUAACAAACACUUGAAGCUUCAUACUUCUUCUUCUUCUGAAUAUGGAUGGGAAUGGGGAUGAUCUAAGAAUGAAGCUAUUGUUCCUUGAAAAUAGAGAAAGUCUGGCAAGACUUUUGUUCCCAAAUGAAGCACAAGUUAGAAUAGGAAUUACAGAAGUCGAUGACACUGUGAAGCUUCUCCCAUUGUAUGCCAUGAACUUGAACGAAACUCCAUUAUCCGUUUCUAAGGAAGAACAAGUUGCUCUAAUUCAUAGGAUAACUACGGUCUCAAAAUCUGUUGAGCUUGGAAAGCGUUAUUUUCCUCGGUGCAAUGAAGUACUCGAUAAAAUAAUGGAGUCGGAUGAAUUAUUAGAGCUCGCCGGUUAUAACUCUGACAUCCCUGAAGAGCGAGUAAUAAAGAGGAAGAAGUUUAUGGAGCUACAAGAGAUGUUGGAAAUGGCAUUUAACCAAGACAAAGAAGACACCAUUUCAACUUCGUCAUCGAGUUCCAUCUAACUAAGAUAAUGAAACCUUUCAUAUCAUGUUGUAAUAAUUACAUGGAGAAAGUCAUUUAUGUUGUACUGUUUUUAUGCAACGAGUGACCUAUAGAUGAGUACACUUAUACUUAAAUUAGCCAAUACUGGUGUGUACAUAUUUCAUCAUCAAA